CAGCCAUUAGUCUGUUUGGUAGCGUUGGUGUCGGUUGUGGUGAGUGAUAGGCAACACAAAACAAUUUAGAGUUUCCUUGGCUUUCAUCACAACUGUUACCACAAACCAGUCGUUAAGGAAAGGGACGACACUUGAGUGCUGUCGGGCCUGUCCUCUCGUAUUAUGCAAGAGAACAGCACUUCAUCUAAUCAGACGACCGCCACAUCUGCCGCCAUCACCGCCACCGCCAAGAAGUCCUCAUCAGUGGUCGCUUCACAGUCUUCGCACACCAUUCCAUCGCAAACACUGUCCGUCCCGACGACGGGCGUCACGACCGCCGCAGUCACGGCCUCCUCAGCCACGGCUGUCAACCCGGCGGCCGUCCUGUCGGCGCCGGCCGUCGCCAAAGGGGAACAGUUUAGCACAAGCGUCGCCUCCACCACCGCUCAGGUCAUUACAGUCGUCGCGCCCACACAUAACACCACCGCUCACGGCAAUAACCUGAUCGCCGGACAACCGGUUGUGGUGCAGGUGUCGAGUGGCGGACAGUUCAUAGCAGUGGCCGUAUCGCCAGAAAGUGCCGCUCAGACCACUGGUGGCCAACAGUCCGGUCAGUACUCAUUGGCU